AUGCCUCCUGCACGGGCUCCAGGACACCAGCGCAGCCCGACAGUGCUUGUCACUGAUUCCCGCGACCAGCAACAACAAAGCCAGCAGCGCCGGCGCCGCUCCCCCGCCACCUCCUCCUCUACCCGCUUCAUCACCGUCGAUAACGUGCUGCAGUAUGCCUCGGAUGUCCCCUCCAUGCACCAGCGGAACCCGCCCCCGUCGUCGUCCUCGUCUUCGUCAUCGCGCAGUCCCCGCUCGCGGCUGGCCAGCGCCACGGGCGGCCUGAUCGGAGCCGGCGGCGGGAGCAGUACGGGAGCGAGCAGUACCGGUUCAACGGCUUUGGCUGGGGCGGCGGGCACGAUCGGUCGACUGGCGGCGCAGCCGCGGUUACCGCCGCGGACGACAAAAGUGAGCGAGAAGCUUGUUCUCCUCCCGGAGACGAACGAGACGGCGAUUGACGACGAAGGAGAAGGAGAAGAAGCGGGGAGGGAGGCGGGAGAGGAGGAUGAGGAUGAUGAUGACGUGAGCGUGGACGAGGAGGCAGUGCAGCGGGUCGCAAAGGAACGACAUCUCGAUCCGGAUUACCUGCGUCAGCAGGUGUUGAUGCAGCGCAAGCUGGACGGAGAUUUCGCGGUCGAUAACGAGCUCGCACCCCUGCUGGCCGAGGAGGAGCUGCUGCGCCGUCGUAGGGUGCCUCCCGAGAAGGCCAAGAGCUAUGCAGAGCGGCUGCCCAAGGCGCGCCGCGCGGAGAAGCUGGCCCGCGUGACCGCAUACUGCACUGCGCAGGCCUACAAGAUGAGCUCGGUUGCCUCGUUUGUCAAGGAGUGGCACAGCGCCCGUGCAAAGCUCUACGACGACUGCCUCUACACGGCAUACCAUCUGCCUCUACUACCGGGUCACGACGGGUACAGACUCAAGAGCAGUCCCGUCAUCAAGAACCCCGGCGGCAAGUCCAUGCUGGAUGAGGAGAUCGAACGCAAUGAACAGCGUGAUCACCACGACGAGUUCCUCGAGACCGAAGAGCAUUCGGUUGGAGGGGCCGCCAGAAAGGACACCCCAGACGCUAGACAGGAGCAGCAUGACCAAGAGACAAGUGACCACCACCACUCCCACCAUCAUGAUGCCCAAGACAUAACCACUGCCCCGGUAUUGACAACGACGGCUAGCCAGGAGCUACCGACGACAAGCUCAGCAGCAUCGGCCUCGCGGCGCAGCACCGCCGACAUGUUCUCCGUCGCCGAGAUGUUUGUGUUUAGCUACGGGGUGGUGGUGUUUUGGAACUUCACCGAGCGGCAGGAGAAGGACCUGCUUGCCGAUCUAGCCUUUGCCACCUCGUUCACAACGCGCUCGCCCGUCUCGCUGACCACCAUGCCGCUGCACGAGGAGGACUUUGAGACCGAGGAGUUCCACUUUGAGUACUCCACCCAGAUCUCGCGCCCGCGCGUCUACAAUGACAUGAUCACCUUGCGCAGCAGUGACCACAUGAUCAAGCUGGCCAUCAGCCACGGCAUCGCCCAGAGCACGAAACUUUCCUUCUUCGAGGAGGCGAUGGCCCGCCAGAUGGCCGAGGCCAAGGAUGUCCCGCGCCGACUCGCCACCACAGGCCAACUGGGCAUGAAACGCGAAGAGGUCUUUCGAAUCCUAGGCCGUCUAUUCAAGAGUCGGGUGGAAGUGAAUCUAUCCUCCAAUGUUCUCGAUGUCCCUAACUUCUUCUGGGAAAGCGAACCAACCCUGUACCCCCUCUACAUCGCCGUGCGCGAGUAUCUCGAAAUCAAACCGCGCAUCCAGGUCCUCAACGAGCGGUGCCGCGUCUUCCUCGAUCUCGCUGAGAUCCUCUCUGAUUCCAUCGCAGACAGCAGAACGUCACAUCAAACGUGGAUCAUCAUCGUCCUGAUCCUCAUCUCCAUCAUCGUCACCACUUCAGAGGUUUUUCUCCGCUUCGGCCUCCUUUCUUCCCGCGAGGGAGGCGUCUCUGCUUCGUCGCUGGCGGGGACGAUCGUUGCCCGUGCCGUCAAGGGACAGGCUCCCGCGUGUGUCUGUCCUUUGAAUCCAGAUAAUGGCUCGCUGUUUUGA